AUGGGCUUUUUGCGAAGUCCGCUCCUGGGCAUGGGCCUAGCCCUCACCAUCGCGUGUGCAAGCCACGCUGAUGCUCUGGUGCCGAGAAGAGACACGAACAACACUUCAGGCCAGAACCUCCUCACGAGCGAGGUUGCCGACUUCGUCAAGGAACACAUGGACUUUUGGAAGAUUCCCGGCAUGGCCAUUGCCGUUGUGGACAAGGAUGACAUCUUUACGCAGGGGUACGGCUUCUCGGAACUGCCAGACAAGAAAGUGACUCCCGACACGCUCUUUUACGGAGGAUCGACCACCAAGGCCCAGACCGCUGCUUGUCUGUCUGUGCUUAUCAAAAACGGAUCGUACGACGCGUUGGCGAACGGGUGGUCGACCAAUAUCUCGUCGAUUUUGAAGGAGGACUUUGUCCUCGAGGACAAAUGGGCAACGGAGCACAUCACGCUCGACGAUGCCGUCAGCCACCACAGCGGGCUGCCGCGCCAUGAUCGUGCUCUGAUGCGCGAAAAGAACGGAGUGCCUCUCUCCACGGCGGACAUUGUUCGCAAUCUGAGGAACUUGCCGUAUAUUCAUGAGCCACGAGUAGCGUCCUACUACAACAACCACAUGUACGUCGUUCUGUCUCAUGUCAUCGAGACGGUGACCAAGAAAGGCCUGCAGCAGGUCAUGAGAGAAUUGAUCUGGAACCCACUCGGAAUGAACUCGACAUACUUGGGACUGGCGGACGCCCAAAAGGCGCACAAGGACCUUGCCACGGGAUACCUGUGGAUCAAUCAGACGGCGCAAACCAAUUGCACCAGACAAGCGAAUCAGACUGGGCAAUUCAAACCGGUUACUUAUAUGCCGAUGACUGACUUGAGCGGAUCGGCUGCCGUCAUCUCCAACGUGAGAGACUAUGCGCAGUGGAUUCGAGGUCUUGUAAACCACACUCAUAUCUUCUCCGAGGACGUGCACGACGAUAUCCGCACCGCAAGGUUUAUAUUCUCACCAGCUCCCCAAUUUGGCUAUGAUCUCGACCUAUAUAGUCUGGGUUGGUUCCGAAAUUUACUGAAAGGACACUUGUUUUACCGACACGAUGGCGUCAUGCUCGGUUUCAGGUCAAUGGUUUACUGGUUUCCCGAAGAGAAGUUUGGCUUCGUUAUAUUUGCAAACUCAGAUACGGCAGCGACGGCCAAUAGCAUCAUUGCCCGAAAGCUCGUGGCUAUGAAACUCAAAAUCCCAGAGAACGAAGUUUUCAAUGUCACUGCGAGUCGUGAGGGCAUGAAGACGCCCGAGCAAGAGUUUGAGGUUGCGGUGAAGAAGUACUACCCCAACCACACCAUAUCCGAUCCGUCCUUUUCUUUCAAAGAGAUGGAGGGCACAUACGUCAACGCUGGAUACGGCACAAUGACACUUCGCUCUGCCCCAGGCCCGAAGAACGAGACGGUUCUUAUUGCCGAACGCUCAGAUAUGUCGUGGGACUAUACGUAUACAUUUAGGCACAUUUUCGGGGAUAAGUGGAUUUCGGGAGUAUCGUGGAGUGAAGAAAGAUUUAAUACUGACAGCUUUGGUCCCGCCGAAUUUAUCAAGGGAACUGAUGGAAAGCCAGCGGCCUUGAAGAUGACAUCGAUGCAGGGUACCACUUCGGAGGGCAACAUUACUUACAGCAAGACGGGGUAG